CCGCACUGAGACACAUCUCUGCGCACUCGCACGCACGCGCAGCCUCCUGCGGUAGCGGUAUCCCGCGUAACGGCGCAGAGGCUUUUCCAGCGGCAUACCAAGUGCGUCCUCCUCCUCGUCCUCCUCCGCCUCCAGGCCGGGAAUGGGAGGUGCAGCUCCCGGGUGUCAGCGCGCACAGAUCGGCGCAGUCGGCUCCCGCUGAUCUGGGAUGCUGCUGGAAGUCUGCCGCUCUCUGGAACCGCAUGCGAACGGGAUUUAAAGCGGACAAGCCGUUUGAUCAGGAUAUAACAUCUACGUUUCACCCUCUUCUUCUUUUUUUUUUUCUUUUUUUUGGCGGAGGGAGUCCAAGGAGUUGGGGAUUGCUCCGGACGUGGCUCUUAUCCGCAGUGCCGAUGCGGCUGUGAAGUGAGAUCUGCAUAGAUUAUACAGGUACAUAAUGUCCUCAAGAGAGGCUUGAUCCUGAUUGGCUGAAAGUACCAGACAGUGCCUCCUUCAUGCUCCUAACCACGCCCAGCCUCCACGCAGCUAUGACGUCCCACGCCAAAACACGGACCUGUUUUUUAGUCUGCUGCUUCCUAUCAAGUUUGGCACUUCCUGUGACAUCACAAACAGUGGUACUGGCCCCGCACGCCCAUAGCGCCGGUUCCCAGGUGAUCACGGCGUCUCUUCAGCAGGAGGAGUACGCGUCAUUCCAUGCAGAGAACCCUGAAUGGACUUUCAACCAUCUGGCGGUGGACUACCGCAAUGGAAAUGUUUAUUUGGGAGCAGUCAAUCGUAUUUAUAAGCUGUCGCCAGGCUUGGAGGUCCAGGUGUCACAUGAAACGGGCCCAGACGAAGACAACCGCAAGUGCUACCCACCACGCAUUGUCCAACCCUGCAGUGAACCACUGACUCUUACCAACAAUGUCAACAAGAUGCUUCUGAUGGACUACCGGGAGAACCGGCUGCUAGCUUGUGGUAGCCUAUACCAGGGCAUCUGCAAACUCCUCCGCUUGGAUGAUCUCUUCAAACUGGGAGAGCCGUUUCACAAAAAGGAGCACUACCUCUCUGGUGUCAAUGAGAGCGGCUCAGUGUUUGGUGUCAUUGUGUCAUAUGGCAAUGCCUCUCCAGACAUGUUAUUUGUCGCCACAGCAGUGGACGGCAAGCCAGAGUAUUUCCCUACUAUCUCUAGCCGCAAGUUGGCUAGAAACUCAGAGGAGGAUGGCAUGUUUGCCUACGUCUUCCAUGACGAGUUUGUGGCCUCUAUGAUUAAGAUCCCUUCAGACACCUUCACUGUCAUCCCAGAUUUUGACAUAUACUAUAUUUAUGGCUUUGCCAGUGGGAACUUUGUCUACUUUCUGACUUUACAGCCUGAAAUGGGUGGCGGGCCAACCACAGGAUCUUCCUCUGCAGGUCGGGAACAGGUGUACACCUCUAAGAUUGUGCGUCUCUGCAAGGCGGACACUGCUUUCAACUCCUAUGUGGAGGUGCCCAUCGGAUGCGUUAGCGGCAAUGUGGAGUACCGAUUACUUGAAGCAGCCUACCUGUCUAAAGCCGGUGCUAUCCUGGCGCGCUCGCUGGAUGUGGCGCCAGACGAUGACGUGCUUUUUGCUGUCUUCUCCAAAGGACAGAAGAGACGUCCACGCCAGGCUUCCCAGGACUCUGCACUGUGUGUCUUCUCUCUAAGGAAGAUCAAUGAAAAGAUCAAGGAAAGGCUGCAGUCCUGCUACAAGGGUGAAGGCACGCUUGACUUGGCUUGGCUCAAAGUCAAAGACAUUCCCUGCAGCAGUGCGCUCUUGACCAUCGACGAUGACUUCUGUGGCCUGGACAUGAACGCGCCGCUGGGCGUGUCGGAGAUGGUGCACGGUAAGCCUCUCUUCUCCGACGCCGUGGACAAAAUGACCUCCGUCGUGGCCUACGUCUACAAGAACCACUCGCUGGUCUUCGUGGGCACAAAGAGCGGACGAGUCAAGAAGAUCCGGGUCGACGGCUCCUCCCGCGCUCUGCAGUACGAGACCAUUCAGGCGGUGGAAAAUGGACCCAUCCUCAGAGACAUGGCGUUCUCUUCUGACCACCACCACCUCUACGCCAUGUCUGAGACCCAGCUGUCCAGGGUACCAGUAGAAGCCUGUGGUCAGCACUCAACCUGCAGCGAGUGCCUUGGUUCAGGAGAUCCCCACUGUGGCUGGUGUGUGCUGCACAACAUGUGCACCAGAAAGGAGAAAUGUGAACGCUCAUCAGAGCCCCGACGCUUUGCUUCGGACAUCAAGCAGUGUGUGCGUCUGAGUGUCCACCCAAAUAACAUCUCAGUGUCCCAGUUUAGUGUCACAUUGGUGCUGGAAGCUCACAAUGUUCCAGAACUUUCUGCAGGUGUCAAUUGCACCUUUGAAGACCUCGCUGAAAUGGACGGCUUGGUAGAGGGGAACCGGAUCAAAUGUUCCUCCCCUGCACAGAAGGAGAUGCCACGUAUUAUUGUUGACAAAGGUGAUCACCAGAUUGUCCAACUUUACCUCAAGUCCAAGGAGACGGGACUUGCAUUUGCAAACACCAGUUUUGUCUUCUACAACUGCAGCGUGCACAAGUCGUGUCUGUCAUGUGUCAUUAGUCCCUACCAGUGCCACUGGUGCAAAUACAAACACGACUGUACGCAUGACCCUCGCACAUGUUCCUUUCAGGAAGGCCGAGUUAAGAUGCUCGAGGAAUGUCCCCAGUUGUUGCCUGCUGAGCGGAUCCUGGUGCCGGUCAAUGUGGUGAAGCCCAUCACGUUGCGGGCCAAGAACCUCCCCCAGCCCCAGUCUGGUCAGAGGGGUUACGAGUGUCUGCUGACCAUUCAGGGAGUGGAACACCGGGUUCCAGCGCUGCGCUUCAACAGCUCCUCUGUGCAGUGUCAGAACACAUCGUAUUCCUACGAUGGGAUGGAGAUGAGCAGUCUCGCCGUGGAGCUGACCGUCAUCUGGAACGGCGAUUUCAGCAUUGACAACCCUGCACAUAACAAAGUCCACCUGUACAAGUGCGACGCCCAGCGUGGAAGCUGCGGUUUAUGUCUGAAGGCGGACCCUCUGUUUGGGUGUGUUUGGUGCAAAGCGGAGAGCCGCUGCACACUCAAGCAGCACUGCCUGCACCCUGAGAACCAGUGGCUGGAGCACAAUGGCAUCAACAGCAAAUGCACACACCCACGGAUCACACAGAUCACCCCGCUUCGAGGACCCAGGGAGGGCGGCACACUCGUGACCAUCCGCGGGGAGAACCUGGGCCUGGAUUUCAGAGAGAUUCAGGGUAACGUGAAGGUGGCUGAAGUGGAAUGCACGCCCAUACGUGAAGGAUACAUCCCGGCUGAACAGAUUGUGUGUGAGAUGGGGAAAGCAGAGAAAAGCCAGUACACUGGGAAUGUGCAGGUCUGUGUUGGGGUCGGAGAAUGCAGACAAGAAUUUAUGGCAAAGUCCUCCAAGUACUACUACUUUGUGAUUCCAAGGAUUCUCCACCUGAAGCCCAGCCGAGGGCCCGUCUCUGGGGGAACGAUUGUCAACAUCACCGGCAGCCACCUUGAUGCUGGGAGCAAUGUGUCAGUCAUGUUUAAGGACCAGCCGUGCACUUAUCUCAGGCGGGGCGGUCAGUGGCUCACCUGUCGCACUCACGCAUCGCUGCAUGGCAGUGAAAACGUUUCUGUGUCCGUGAGCUUGGACAAGGCCCACCUCCAGAAAGACCUGCGCUUUGAGUAUGUGGACGACCCCACCAUCACCAAGAUAGAACCCGAGUGGAGCAUCUUCAGUGGAUAUACUCCAGUGACCGUGACAGGAACUAACCUGGACGUCAUUCAGACCCCACUCAUCCGAGCCAAGUACAACAGCCACGAGACACUUAACUUGUGCCAGGUGCUAAGCCCGACCACAAUGCUGUGCCAGGCCCCGGAGCUGCCUGUCAGCCUGGCGAAGCAGCAAGAGGUGUCUGAACGACCAGAUGAGUUUGGUUUUAAACUGGAUGAUGUGCAGGCUCUGAUGACGCUCAACAACACCAAUUUUAUCUACUACCCCAAUCCUGAGUUUGAACCCCUCAGUGUGUCCGGCGUCCUGGAGCUGAAACCUGGAUCACCCAUCAUACUGAAGGGCCGGAACUUCCUCCCGCCAACCCACAGUGGCAAUGGAAAGCUGAAUUACACCGUCCUGAUUGGUGAGAAGCCCUGCAUGUUAACCGUGUCGGACACCCAGCUGCUCUGUGAGUCACCCAACCUGACGGGUCGACAUAAGGUCCUGGCUCGUGUGGGUGGUAUCGAGUUUUCCCCUGGCGUUGUCCAUAUAACAUCUGACAGUCCGCUCAGCAGCACAGCGAUCAUUGGCAUUGCUGCAGCCGGAGCGCUGCUCAUCUUCUUCAUCGUCAUUGUGCUCAUUGCCUACAAGCGCAAAUCCCGUGAGAGUGACCUGACCUUGAAGAGGCUGCAGAUGCAAAUGGACAAUCUAGAGUCACGGGUAGCUCUGGAGUGUAAAGAGGCUUUUGCAGAACUUCAGACAGACAUCCACGAACUGACCAGUGACCUGGAUGGAGCAGGAAUCCCAUUUUUAGACUACAGGACAUACACAAUGAGGGUCCUCUUUCCUGGCAUUGAGGAGCAUCCCGUGCUCAGAGACCUAGAGGUGCCAGGCUACCACCAGGAACAAGUUGAAAAGGGUCUGAAGCUUUUCGGCCAGCUCAUUAACAACAAGGUCUUUCUGCUGUGCUUCAUCCGUACUCUGGAGGCCCAGCGAGGUUUCUCUAUGCGCGACCGCGGCAAUGUGGCUUCGCUUAUCAUGACGGUGCUGCAGAGCAAGUUAGAAUAUGCCACCGACGUCCUAAAGCACCUGCUGUCUGACCUCAUAGACCGUAAUCUGGAGAGCAAGAAUCACCCCAAGCUACUGCUCCGCAGGACCGAGUCUGUUGCAGAGAAAAUGCUAACCAACUGGUUUACCUUUCUCCUCUACAAGUUUCUGAAGGAGUGUGCAGGCGAACCUCUCUUCUCCCUCUUCUGUGCCAUCAAGCAGCAGAUGGAGAAAGGCCCCAUUGACUCCAUCACAGGAGAGGCGCGAUACUCGCUCAGCGAGGACAAGCUCAUCAGGCAGCAGAUCGACUACAAGACGCUGGUGGUGAACUGUAUUCAUCCGGAGAAUGAGAAGAGCCCAGAGAUCCAGGUUAAGGUGCUGAACUGUGACACCAUCAGCCAGGUUAAAGAGAAGAUCCUGGAUGCCAUGUACAAGAACGUCCCACACUCACACCGCCUGAAAGCGUCCGACAUGGACCUGGAAUGGCGUCAGGGCCGCGGACAGCGCAUGAUUCUGAUGGAUGAGGAUGUUACCACAAAGAUUGAAGGUGACUGGAAGAGGCUGAACAUGCUGGCCCACUAUCAGGUACCUGAUAAUUCAGUAAUGGCCUUGGUUCCCAAGCAAGUUACAGCCUACAAUUCUGUUAACAACUCCACUGUAUCUCGAACUUCUGCCAGUAAAUAUGAAAACAUGAUUAAGUACACUGGAAGUCCCGACAGCCUGCGUUCCCGUACUCCCAUGAUCACACCUGAUCUGGAGAGCGGGGUCAAAGUGUGGCACCUGGUGAAGAACCACGAGCACGGAGACCAGAAGGAGGGCGACCGCGGCAGCAAGAUGGUCUCAGAAAUCUACUUGACACGGCUUCUAGCGACUAAGGGCACAUUACAGAAGUUUGUGGAUGACCUGUUUGAGACCAUCUUCAGCACUGCCCAUCGAGGGAGCGCUCUGCCACUGGCUAUCAAGUACAUGUUCGACUUCCUGGACGAGCAAGCUGACAAGCACAACAUUCACGAUCCACAUGUCCGGCAUACAUGGAAGAGCAACUGCCUACCUCUGCGUUUCUGGGUGAAUGUGAUCAAGAACCCCCAGUUUGUGUUCGACAUCCACAAGAGCAGCAUCACAGAUGCCUGUCUGUCCGUAGUGGCCCAGACCUUUAUGGACUCUUGCUCCACCUCAGAACACCGCCUUGGGAAGGACUCACCCUCCAACAAGCUGCUUUACGCCAAGGACAUCCCCAGCUACAAGAGCUGGGUCGAAAGGUACUACUCAGACAUUAGUAAGAUGCCAGCGAUCAGCGACCAGGACAUGAAUGCCUAUUUGGCAGAACAGUCACGGAUGCACAUGAAUGAGUUCAACAGCAUGAGCUCACUUAGCGAGAUUUACUCCUACGUGGGCAAAUACACAGAGGAGAUUGUGUGUGCACUGGAAGAGGAUGACGCAGCCCGAAAACAGAGGCUGGCCUUCAAGCUGGAGCAGGUGGUGGCCGUCAUGAGUCUGGAGAGCUGAGGACCGCACUUCCCAGGGCGCACUGGGAAGAGACCCCGUCAGAAACCAAGCCGUGCCUGAGCGAAGACCUGUCCCCAUCUUUUUUCCCCAUCACGUGACCUUCUCCCUCCGCCUUUCAAAGAUGAUGACUUCUACCUUGAGCCUUUUUUUCUUUCCUGCUUCCUUUUCUCCGACAAACUUUUUUUGUUCUACUCAUCCACUCUGCUGCAUAGACUAGUUUAUCUGAAAAUCUGAGGGGUGGUCUGGGGCUGAGGUUGACGUUUCCCACAGUGCAAUGCAGGGGAUCCCUCAGCUUCACCACAGGUAGCGCUUCAAGGGGCGAUUGCUGGAAACGCCGGAAACAACGGCACACCUCAGUCCCCCACCGUGAGACGAAACAAGGGGAAAACAUUUUUUGUUGCCUUCAAGAAUUUACACUAAGUAAUUCUUUAAAAACCACAACGAUGGGUUGUCCAUUUUUUUCUUGAACUAUUUUCAAAAUAGGAUAGUUAAAAGAAAAGAACAUCUCUAGAGUCCAGUUUAUUGUAGUUCUACAUUCAAAAUUUGGAAUCAAGAGGAAACAUCAAAAAUGAUGACUGCAAGCCAAAUGAAGACCUCUGAAGAAAACUAAUGCAAAGAUGGUUUGAUAGUUUACACUGUACCUACAAGCGAAACAUACAUAUCUAUGAAAUUUGGGCAGAGUCCAGGCAAACCUAGAAUGUUUCUUGUGUUCUUUCAAUGUAGCUGGAGUUGUAUUUAAGCUAAAGACUGAUGGGGUUAGGGGAGGAAUAGUGCUUCUCAGAACUUUCCUUUAUUCGAACGUGACCCGAUCCUACCCCUCUAUUGCGCAUUUUUCCUUUCCUAGCUUACAGUAAUUACGUGGCUACUGCAAAAGUUAUCUAUUAGAUUUUUUUUAAAAAAACAAACAAACAUGGAGGCCCCGACCCAAGCUGGAUCCUCUCUAAGAAGCACACAACCAACUCUGGAAGACAGUGUUUUGACCAGAAGCAGUCUUUGGCUAUCGCCACUUCUAUCCUUGUGUCGCCAUUAGCGACAGUCUAUCAAAGCACACACGCACAUGCACAGACACACUCGCAAUCAGCGGCUGCCCAGAAAUCUACACCAACCCUGGAGGAGGUAAAGGGAAGCACCAGCUCAAAUGUUCCAAGUCGGACGCUGGCUGGUUUGCCGUGAAUAACCGGGAAGGUGGACUGCUACCUAAAGGGGGCGCUGUUCUGUGAGAGAAGCACUCUUUCCCAGGAUGUUAUUUAAAGACUUUUGUGUGAAAUUGAACAAGAUGGACUUAGCCGGUCAGCCAAAAACCAAAGGAGCUUGAAAUUUUCAAAACGGUCAAAAAUGUAUUUGCGAAGUGCCACUGAGGAACUGACAAAACUGACCAUGUAAAACACAAACACUUCUGGAGCAAAAACAAAACUAAAGACUGUGAUUCGAACUUUAGGAAACCUGUGGAUUUUUUUUUCUGACCUCAGUGUGCCGAGGCUCUGCAGAUGCGCCGGUUCAAUCCGCCCGUCUCUCGGCACACCGUUCACCCAUGUGUCUAUCUCCUGACUCUGUUUUGUUUUCUGUUUUGCACAAUGUUGGAGACGGUAGCUAGCUGCAUACGGCAAAACGCCAGCUCCUGAGUGUGUAACUGUUGAGACGCUCUUGUCUGUAUUAGUGUAGUUGUCCUCAGUGGCAGCAGGGGGCGACCUUCUCUAUGCCUCAAAAAAAAAAAGCUGAUAAAGCAAAACGGGAACACAACAGGAAGCAAGCAUGAGGGCAGGAAUAACAACAAAAGACAAGUAAAAGUAGACCAGGAGGCGCCCUCCUUACAUUUUGACCUCUGCCCUUUAUUUUGCCUUGACAACGUGCCCCAUGUGGUGAUGUGAAUGUGUGAAGACCGCCCUCGGUCCACCUUGGGUCCUUUAUUGGCUUUUUAAGCGCAUGUAAAACGUAAACAAUUUAAGAAACUUAUUUAAAAAAAAUAAGAAAACUAAGCCUUGCGAUGAUGAUGUGGAUGUGUUCUUUUAUCUUUCUUUUGCUUGGAAGAAUUGAGACGGGAAAAAGUGGAUUGUUCAUGUAAUAAAAUUGUAACGUCCGUUUAAGGUGGAACCUUUAUCCAGUCCAAACACUAAUGCACAACCUCACGCCCAUGUUUCUUUGAGACAUGUUCAACACUUAAAGACAAAUAUUAUAUACCUUUGCAUGUUGAUCUAUUUGGAUGGUAUGAAAUGGAAAUGCCUUGCUCAGAGAUAUUUAUAUACUUCUACUAGGGAAUUUAAAGUGGUUUAUAAGUCAACUGUUCAUUUUGAGAUGGAAUUAGUCAGCAAAUAUCAAAUAUAUUUCCAAUUUUGUUUUGUUUUUUGGUCCUCCAUUAUAACCCAUCAGUGUUUCGUGAAACCUUGUCAGUCAUUUUAGCUUUGAAAAGCAGAAGAGGUAGUAAGUGGAGUCUUACUCCAUUGUUGCUGCUAUUACAUAUGUUUGAAGGUGCAUCUGAAUAUUCCACAGCUGCUUCAAUGAUGUCAACUGUUCAUCCCAGACCAUAAAAGUAACAUUCAGAGUGACCCAGCGGGAAAUGUACAAAGAUUCACUUGACGAGAAGCGUCACGUCUUGCAUUUUGAGUCCACUUACAGUACUGUGCAAAAAA